CUGAACUGAACAAGCAUCAUGCUCUGCUUCUUCUUCUUGGUGAAUUAUUUGUCGAGCGCAGCAUGCUCAGAGCUGCUGAGUCGUCACAGAAGGUCUUGGAUCAUCGACUCGUUCACCAUAGAGGAGGGGCAUCCCGGGCCCUUCCCUUAUGUGCUGGGAAAGAUAACUAUUGAUCGGGACUAUCGAGUGAGGUUUGAUCUGUAUGGGGAAGGAAUGGACGAGGAGCCGAAGGGAGUCCUCACCAUUGAUAAAGAAUCUGGCACCUUGUACGUCAACAGGGCCGUGGACUACGAGGAGAAGACAGUGCUGAAGCUGAGAUUUGAGGCAAUGAAGACAGAUUCGUUGAUUGACACCAAAUUAGGAGUUGAAAUUGGAAUAUCAGACAUCAACGACAAUCCACCUCGCUUUCAGAGGGAUCUGUUUGAAAUCAGCGUUGAUGAGGACGCAACACAAGGCUGUCAUGUUCAGACUAUGGUAGCCUACGACAAAGACGAGAGAGGGACGCCAAACUCAACGUUCCACUAUGAAAUGAAGUCUGUGUCUCCAAACCAUCCGGACACUGAGUUCACUAUUGAUUCUGAGUCUGGGACAAUGUCCUUCAAAGGGUGUUUGGAUCACGAGGUGGCUGAGAUGUUCACAGUGGUGGUGGAGGCCAAGGACCACGGUGACGUAGUCAGUCUGUCCAGCUCAAGCACUGUUAUCAUCCACGUCCAGGACGGCAACAACCACCUCCCAGCCAUCAGUGGACAAACAGGCUCUGGGAAAGUAAAAGAACAUGAAAUCGGUACGUCUCCUCUGCGGCUGCAUACGACAGACAAAGACACGCCAAACAGCGCGGCAUGGAGAGCUAAAUACACCAUUCAGGGCGACGAGGGAGCGCACUUCAAAAUAGAAACAGACCCAGACACCAACGAUGGGAUCCUGACGGUUGUAAAACCGUUAGACUUUGAGGAGGAGGCCCUGAGGGAGUUGACCAUCUCAGUGGAAAAUGAGGCGCCAUAUUUCUCCUGUAAAGUGAAGGAGAGGCCGCCAUCAGGCCUCUGGAAAGUUGAAACCAGUAAAGGUGACGUUCCUCCGCCGGACACUGUAAAAGUUAGCAUUGAAGUGGAGGAUGUCAACGACCCCCCGGUGUUUAGUGUGAGUGUGAAAGAGGUCGUGUUGGAGGAAAACGCACCCAUCGGGACGUGGGUGGAGAAAGUGACCGCCGUGGAUCCUGACUCUAGUCACGCAAGAGAUUUUGUGUACAAGGUAGGAAGCGAUCCUGCUGGCUGGGUGACGGUGGAUCCUCAAACAGGAGACAUCACAACAGUCGGGACACCAGAUAGAGAAUCUCCUCAUGUCAGCGACGGCCUCUACACCAUCUUACUGCAUGCUGUGGAUGAUGGAGUGCCAUCCAUGACAGGCACAGCCACUUUGAACAUCCAUGUGACUGACCAGAACGACAACGUGCCUCAGCCAACAGUGGGCUUUGUGGAUGUGUGUGUGUCCGACGGCCCCUCCACCACCAACAUCUCAGCCUUUGACCUGGAUGAUCAUCCCUACGCGGGGCCUUUCACAUUUGAACUGCUGGGUGACGUCAAAGGAAAAUGGAAGCUGAAUCCCUCACAUGGGUACACAGCCGGCCUGGUGAAGGAGCCUGGUGUUUAUUCCGGACCACACACAGUUGAUGUGAAGAUCUCUGACAUGCAGGGACAGUUUGCCGUGUACAACCUCAGUGUGACCGUGUGUGACUGUAGUGUGACGCCAAACUGCAGAGACCCCCGAAGCACUGCCACAACAGCUGCUCCCGGGGCUCUGGCCAUAGUGUUUGCCUCACUACUUUUGAUCAUGUGUCUGCUUCUGAUGGCAGUGUUCAUGACCUGCAGAAAAGAGUUCGCCCCUCUGCAGCCCAGUGAUUCCUCUGGAGACACCCUCCUGCCAUCAAACAUUGAGAAUCCAGGAACAGACUGCAAGGUAGUCGUACCGGACGAUAUAGCGGUAUGGUUUACUGAGGAGACCCACAGUGACCCAUCUAAUUGGGGAGGUCAGCAUCAUGGGAUAAAACACAGCAAUUUUUCCAAGGAAAUGGAGCAAAACUUCAUCUACGAAUACUUAAGUGAUUUCAUGAGAGAAGAUAUGUCCCAUCUAUACAACGAGAACUGGAACCAGACAACUUGGAGAUCUCUAAUGGCCAAUGGCCACCAUCACACUCAUCAGCGUGAGCAAACUAGCACAAUGAACUUCCAUGCAGCUCUCCAAGCCCUGCUUCAUCAGCGGCUCUCCUCUCUCCAGGGGAAAGAGGGUGACCUGCUGGACUAUGAGCCUCACCUUUAUGCAGAGGAGGGCAACUUUGACGUUCCCUCAGAGCUGGAGAACAUCAUCCUUCCUGACAAGGAUUCAUACCAGAAAGCACUCAACAACUUGGGCCCCAAGUUCAAGCAACUGGCCUCCAUUUGCAAGCCACCACAUAUACAAAACUGAGCUUUUAUGUUUUAUAUU